AUGUUCCUUACAGGUUCGGCGAAGAUCAAAUAUAAUUCUAUCGACAAUGCCAAAACUCUUAAAUGGGAUGAUUUAGUAAUGGAGCUAGCGAAAAAGUGCAAGAAUGAGGCCGUUUUGAGCAAUAUACGUGACGAGCUGCAUGGGCUUAUCCAAGGAAAAGACUCAGUAGGAGAGUUUGCACGAAAGGUAUUAGCGAAGGCUAAGGUAGCAUAUCAAGGGCAGGAUAAGCGCAUUAUAUCACAACUUGCCAUAGAUGUUUUCAUUAAAGGGUUACGAGCAGACAUUAGGAAAGCUAUAAGGCGACUGCCCAAGAAAGACGAUUAUGAGGAAGUAGUCUCUAGCGCGGAGAAAGAAGCACGAAUUCUUGACCAGGAGCGAGCUGAAGAUCGUGAUGCUAUGAGGGCUAUAAAUUCCCUCAUAGUCAAUGACAAACUUGAAAAAAUCCAAGACCAGCUCAAUAAUCUAUCAUUAGAGCGUUCCCGAAAUACUAGAUCUAAUUUCGGGACAACCAAUCGCGGAAACUUCGCCGCUCGCGGUCGAGGAAGAGGACAAAGGCGCCCUGGUCCGUCUUUUGGACCAAGAGGAAGUUUUCGAGGGAGUUUUCCCCCUCGGGGAAGUUUUCCACGAGGGAACCCGUGGAAUCCGUGGAUGACUCCCCGGAACUACUAUCCUCCCCCUCCGGGUUAUUAUCAACCACCGCAAUAUGACCAUCCAGGGCUGACCCAACCAGUCCCAGACUCUGGGAUCUAUCAACCGUCAAAUACCAAUUCCGCGGCGUACCCUCCGCGAGCUAUUGCUCAGCCGAGGAAGCCGCAAAAUAUUUUGCCUCUUCCGCCGUUUUGCGUGCUAUGCCUUCUUCUGCCUACGAUCACUUCGGCAUAUCAAAUAUGCGGAACAUCGCAAUUCGUGCAGUCUCUUCUUUUGCCAAAAGCCAUCCCCUGCCUUUCCUCCCCUGGCGAACCAAUGAUUACAACAAAUGUUCAGCUGUUUGGAAUUAAGAAUGACCCUUUGCAACUCUCAGGAGUCAAGUGUUAUCGGGACGUUAUUAAA